UCUUCCAGCACAGCAGCUCUGACUGUACACUGCAAGCAUGGCCGGGGAUAGUGAAACACAUCUCAAGGACCGUAGCGAGAACACCGAGGUUAUCCGACAACCUUUUCUCAUCGGUGUUUCUGGAGGCACCGCCAGUGGCAAGUCGUCAGUAUGCGAGAAGAUCAUGGAGCUGCUGGGCCAGAACAAGAUCGACCAUCACCAGAGGCAGGUGGCCAUCCUCAGCCAGGACAGCUUCUACAAGGUGCUGACCCCGGAGCAGAAGGCAAAGGCACUUAAGGGCCAGUUCAACUUUGAUCACCCAGAUGCCUUUGACAGUGAGCUCAUAAUGCAAACACUCAGGAAGAUCCUGCAGGGGGAGACGGUCCAGAUCCCAGUGUAUGACUUUGUUCAUCAUUCCAGGAAAGAGGAGUUCAUCACGGUGUACCCGGCUGAUGUGGUGCUGUUCGAGGGCAUCCUCAUGUUCUACUCUCAGGAGAUCAGAGAUCUGUUCCAGAUGAAGCUGUUUGUCGACACAGAUCCAGACACACGGCUCUCUCGCAGAGUUCUCAGAGACAUCAGUGAGCGUGGCAGAGAGCUGGAGCAGGUGCUCGCUCAGUACAUCACUUUUGUGAAGCCAGCCUUUGAGGAGUUCUGUUUACCAACAAAGAAGUAUGCAGAUGUGAUUAUUCCACGAGGAGCAGAUAACCUUGUCGCCAUCAACUUGAUAGUACAGCACAUCCAAGACAUUAUGAACGGCGGACCAAGCAAGCGUCACAACGGCUGCACAAACGGCCACAGUACCCCGCGUCAGCGACGAACCUCGGAGUCCAGCAGCCGGCCUCAUUGACCUCGUGGCACCUCUCUCACGGGGCGGAGAGGGGUGUGCGAGCUUCGCUGUAAAUAAUGCCUGUUGGCAUCACUGUAUUUAAGAGAGGAGGAAAAAAGGAAAUGCAAAAAGAAUUUAAAUGCCUUUUUAUUAUUAUUGUUAUUAUUAUUAUAAUAAUGACUACUCAUGUUAUUGGUUACCUUUAUUGUUAUUGUUGAUUUUAUUUUAUUUUUUUCCAGGAGGUUUAAAAGAAUUUGUUGUGAUGGGUUAAAAUGACCUCAUGCAUUUUUCCUCCCAGAUUGCAUUUUGUUUUUUAUGUAUCCCCCGCUGCUCGAUGGAGUGUCAUGCCGUUAAUAUUGAAUAAAAGAGGGGAACCCCUUCUUUUUUUUUUAUUUUUAUUGACUGAUAAAACUUGAACCCGUAAAGCCAGCGGGAGUCUGAUAAAUGUUUGGGUGUUUUCCCAAACUAUAAGGAUUUGAAGAAGAGUUGAAGAAAAUCCGGAUUGCAAUCUGUAUUUGUACCGACAAUCUUUGGGAGUGUUUGCAACCCUUUUCUUCAGUGGCUAAAUGUGUGAUUCAAGAGGUCUGUUUACUACGAAGUGUCCAUCACUGACUACACACUACAUUAUUUUUCAGUACUGAUUCUCACCUGUAGAUUAAUGUGACAACCAGACCAAUGAAGCCUAAGGCUGGAAGGAUCAGCAGACUACUGUAUUAACCCAGUUGAGUGUUGUUGGUAUUGUUACACAUUAAGUUACUUUAAAAGACAACAUUGAUAAAUAUAUCCCAGUCAAAAAUAAGCAAUCAAACACUUAUUUUGAGAGUGAGAUUAAAUUAACUAGACAAACGUGUAGAUUACUCUAUAAAGUCUAUAUUUUUUGCUGAUUUUGCUACCAUUCACAUGGCAAAAAAAGCCUGCAAGAUUAUGAUGGGAAAUAUAUACUCAGGUUGGGAUUGCUAUUAUGAUUUUAAAAUGCCAGAUAAAAGUGUUCGAUGCCACAGCAAUAUUAGUUUUCCCAGGUGGCCAUUAACCACCAAGACCUACCCGCAUUGCCUCAGGUUAAUAUGUACAGCAAGUAUCCACAGUAGGAGCAAGUUUCCCUUUAAGUUAAAGAUACAAUAAAUAAAAACAGUUGACUCAAUUUUGUAUUCCAUGUUCUGUAUUUGUUGUGUAUGGUUUAAUUGAAUGACUGAUUUGUACCAUGAGAUUUGUACUGUGUGGCUGUUCCAUUGUCACAGGUUGUUUGAUGAAUUGUGACAGAUUGCUUGGUGUUUAAUAAACUGAUGCUACCGAG